AUGGGAGCGCUCGUCUCAAAAAGGGAUGAGUUCUGGGAAACGGCGCCGUCUUAUGAAGGAAAAAAGGAAGUAUGGGAAGCGCUGCGUUCAGCUGCAGACGCUCUGGAACGCGGCGACUUGGAACAUGCCCAGCUUGUCAUAGACACGGCGAACAUCAAAGUUCCGAACGGGAACCUGUCCGAGUCGUACGAUGACCUCGGCAUCAAAUAUUGCAUUCCCGCUUACUGUAUCUCCGCCCCAGACAAUCUCAUCUCAGAAAAGGGAUCAGUCUUCUCGCGCACUUCGAAAACGAAACGAUCACUUGUAAACAACACCACCAAAAUGGAUACCGUGUUGCGUUUGCGCCUUUCCACCGAAAACGAAAAGACAUUUGAUUUCGACGUAAGUUCGAAGGAGCUAGUCCAGAGUGCUAAAUUGCGGCUCCAGAACGAACGCGAUAUCAAAGGUCAGCAGCGCUGGUUCUGUCAGGGCAGAGUGUUAGUGGACAAUCAAACGAUCACUCAGGCGCGCAUCCCGGAAGGCUUCGUGAUUCAAGUUAUUCUUAUUCCAAAACUGUAA